UUUUCCGCAUCUGCAUCAUAAUCUUCCGUCAUGGAAGAUGGAGAAUGGGUUUUGGUGCAAGAACAUCCAGAGAAGGACGUUUUGAACUCAACCCUAAUCCACUCUGGGAGUUCCAGGCCUCUCAAAGUUACGUUCAAGGAUCCCGCCAAGCACUGGACCGAUGCGCUUCCCAUCGGCAAUGGCCGCCUCGGCGCCAUGGUUUGGGGUGGCGUCGCUUCCGAAAUUAUCCAGCUCAAUGAGGACACUCUCUGGACAGGGGCACCAGGUAACUAUGCUAACUCGAAUGCUCCGGAGGUACUCAAAGAGGUCAGAAAACUUGUAAACGACAGUGAUUAUGCCGAAGCGACUACUGCUGCAGCCAAAUUGACUGGAAGCCCAGCUGAGGUUUACCAGCUUUUGGGUGACAUCAAUAUAGGAUUUGAUGAUUCUCAUCUUUCAUACACGAAAGGAUCUUAUCAUAGAGAGCUGGACCUAAAUAAUGCAACAGUGAAAGUAAAAUAUACUGUAGAUGGUGUAGAAUUUACUCGGGAGCAUUUUGCUUCAUAUCCCCACCAAGCAAUUGUGACAAAGAUUUCUGGAAGCAAGCUAGGAUCUGUGUCCUUUACUGUGUCUAUGGAUAGCAAGUUAAAACAAAAUUCAUACGUACAUGGAAAGAACCAGAUAAUAAUUGAAGGAAGUUUCCCUGAUAAAAGGAUCCCACCUGAAGUGAAUGUAAAUGACAGCCCGAAGGGAAUUCAGUUUUCUGCAGUUUUUGAGUUGCAGAUUGGUAGUAGUAGUAGCAGAGGUGAAAUACUUAUUCUGGAUGACAAAAGAUUGAGGGUUGAAGGUUCAGACUCGGCUGUUUUUGUUCUGGUGGCUUCAUCUUCAUUUGAUGGGCCACUUACUAAGCCUUUAGAUUCUAAGAGGGACCCAACUUCUGAGUCUCUCAGGUUAUUGGGUACACUAAGGAGGUUGUCGUACUCUGAUCUUUUUGCAAAACAUGUAGAGGACUAUCAGCACCUUUUUCAUCGUGUUUCGUUGCAGCUUUCUAAAUUAUCCAAUAGCCUUUUAGGAAAUGGGGUUUUGCAGACUUUUUCAUCAUCCGGACCUUCCGUAGCUGAUUUAUAUAUUGAUGGUGGUGAAGAUGAUUCAGUCUCAACUGCAGAGAGGGUGAAAUCUUUUCAAAAUGAUGAAGAUCCUUCUCUUGUUGAACUUUUAUUCCAGUAUGGUCGAUAUCUGCUUAUUUCUUGUUCACGGCCUGGAAGCCAGGUUGCAAACCUGCAGGGGAUAUGGAACAAGGAUCUUCAACCAGCAUGGGAUGGGGCCCCUCAUUUAAACAUUAAUAUUGAAAUGAACUACUGGCCUUCCCUUCCUUGCAACCUUGGUGAGUGCCAGGAACCUUUGUUUGAUUAUAUCUCCUCACUGUCGAUCAAUGGGAGCAAAACUGCAGAAGUGAAUUAUGAAGCAAGUGGUUGGGUUGUACAUCAUAAGUCUGACAUAUGGGCAAAAUCAUCUGCAAGUGAUGGUGAUGUUGUGUGGUCUCUAUGGCCUAUGGGUGGGGCAUGGCUUUGCAUACAUCUGUGGGAGCACUACAAUUAUACAAUGGACCAUGACUUUCUGGAGAAAAAGGCGUACCCUCUGUUGGAAGGAUGCACAAGAUUUCUGCUGGAUUGGUUAAUUGAAGGCUCUGGAGGAUAUCUGGAAACCAAUCCAUCGACUUCUCCAGAGCAUAACUUUAUUACAUCUGAUGGUAAGCUUGCUAGUGUAAGCUACUCAUCAACCAUGGAUAUGACCAUCAUAAAAGAGGUCUUUUUUGCAACUGUUUCUGCUGCUGAGCUCCUUGGCAGAAAUAAGGAUGACCUUGUUGAAAAGGUGAAAAAGGCUCAACUAAGACUUCCUCCUACAAAAAUUGACAAGGACGGUUCUAUCAUGGAAUGGGCACAAGAGUUUGAGGACCCAGAGGUGCAUCAUCGACAUCUUUCUCAUCUAUUUGGGCUGUAUCCCGGGCACACAAUUACUCUUGAUGAAACGCCAGACCUCUGCAAAGCAGUAGAAUUUUCACUUUACAAACGAGGCGAGGAAGGUCCAGGGUGGUCAACCACAUGGAAAAUAGCUCUGUGGGCACGACUACUGAACAGUGAGCGUUCAUAUAACAUGAUCAAGCGUUUGAUCAACUUAGUUGAUCCCGAACAGGAGAGGGAAUUUAAAGGGGGAUUAUACAGUAACUUAUUUGCUGCGCACCCUCCUUUUCAGAUUGAUGCCAACUUCGGUUUCAUUGCAGGAGUAGCAGAGAUGUUAGUACAAAGCACCACAACUGAUGUUUACUUAGUUCCUGCUCUUCCUACUGCUAAGUGGCCUAAUGGGUCUGUGAAAGGUCUGAGAGCACGGGGCGGGUUGACUGUUGACUUAUUCUGGGAUGAGGGAAAUCUUCAAGAAGUCAAUCUGUGGGCAAAGGAACACAGUUGUGUAAGGACUUUGCAUUAUAGGGGAGCUACAGCAACCGCAGCUGUUUCAUCUGGCAUAGUUUACACCUUCAAUGGACUGCUGAAAUGCGUGAAGACAUACUCUCAGAAGUAGCUUUUUUCCUAGGCCGGGGAGGGAUUGAACCCUUGAGCCUAUAUUGUGUUCUUUUAUUUUCAAUAAUAUAUGUGUUUAUAUGAAAUUAUUUUUAUAUAUAAAUAUAUAGAAUAGUAAAUUUUAGAAAAUUAAUACCAUAAAAAUAUGUGUAAUUUUAAAACUUAAUUUAAAAUAUUAUAAAAUAUAAUUUUGUAUAAAUAAUUCCAAGUAAAAGUUGCACAUGAAAA